AUGGAUUCACCACAAACACCCCAAGUUCGGGUCCCUGGCGAAACCGAAUCAACCCAACCCGAACCCAACGCGACUGUGACGGUGACUGUGACCGCGAACCACGACUGCACCGAGAUAGAGAUGGGAGGAACACAGGACACAAGCCAACCUGAACCCGAACCUGCUCAACAAGAUUCCACACUUCCAGAUGUGCAGGCAGAGCCAGAGCUAACUCCUCCGGCAAAGAAAAGCGCAGGCUUCAACUUCCUUGAAUUCCUGACUUCACCUAUCGUUGAGAUUAUCGUUGGGAAAGGAGACGAUGAGACCGUUAUGACAGCUCAUCAAUCCCUCCUGAUGGAGGCGCCACUAUUAGCCGAGUAUGUUGAGAAGUUUGAAGCUUCAGGCCCGCGACGUAUCAGCCUGCCAGAAGAGAACGUCGAUGCCUUCGGUUGCUUCCUCCAGUUCCAGUAUACACGUGAUUACACCGUGACUCGAACGGAAACACCUGGGGAGACAACCGAAGACAAAAGCGGCGACGAGUUGCUGCGCCAUGCGCGCAUCUACACCCUGGCAGAGAAACUGGGCCUGCCAGACCUCCAGCGCAUUGCCCAUGCCAAGAUUCAUAAGGUCAAGAGUUCACCUGUCGCGGAGCUUUCAUAUGCCCGUUAUGUAUACACUCAUACACCAGCAGCAGACAAUACCAUUCGGAAGCCUGUGGCGGCUUACUGGGCGAACCAAAGCCACGUGCUACGCCAAGAGGUUGGGGACGAUUUCAAGAAGCUCUGCAUUGACGUGCCGGAGUUCUCAUUUGAUGUUUUAACUAUCAUCCUGGACCGCAAGCUGAAGAACGUAUCGGUGGAUGAGGUCAAGGGAAGUGCGCGCAAGCGCAGAAGAGACAUCUAG